UCAAGUUAAUAUGGGAGAUUGACUUUAAACGGGAUUUCACACUGAUGCAUAAGAAAUAUACAUCAACUACUGCUGCUUCGCCUGGGUUAAGCACUAAAGAUUGAAGAAAAAAGAAACAUGUCCUGUCUUUGAGGAAGCACGAGUUGUGAAUCGCUUUCUUGCCAUAAAAGGAGGAGAAACGCUGGACGCUUCAGAUCGGAUUCAGUCAUGGAGCUCACCUUAGACUUGCCCUGCAGAUAUCCUCGCUGCUAUAGGGGCAUCUUCAAGAUGCAGAGCAAGUGGAGGACAACAAAGCUGCUUGGAUUGCUGUUGAUUGCCAACUUCGUCAUUUACUUCAUGGUAGAAUUGUCCCGAAGUAAUGGCCAGAGACGAGAUGUCUACAAACGAUGGAGAGUCCCAACCAAAGAGUUCUGGAGUAAGCCACAGGUCACUACAGCAUUCUGGAAUCAUGAGCAACAUCGUCUUGACGACAUCUACCUGCCCCUUGCCAGUGGCAACGAGUCCCUCCGAGAAUUCCCGGGAAUCCCUCAUUGGCUUAAUCAGACAAUUCAUGCAGGUCAGUGCCAGCCAGACUUAAGUAUCACAACACAAAUAAAAGACUUCAAAUCUCUUCCACAGCGUUUCCAGGACUUCCUGUUGUACAUUGGAUGCAGGUCGUAUCCCCUGAUAAUGGACGCACCCAAUGUAUGUUCCAAACCUCCUUUCCUGUUGCUUGUGAUAAAGUCCAUUGCGCCACAUUUCGACCGACGACAGGCCAUUCGAGAAUCAUGGGGGCGUGCCGGUAUCCUCGACAACCGGCGCAUUGCCACAGUGUUCCUCCUUGGCAACACUACAGCGACAGACCAUUUCCCAGACCUGAUGGACAUGGUCAAGUAUGAAGCAGCAUUGCACGGCGACAUUUUGCAGUGGGGCUACCGUGAUUCGUUCUUUAACCUCACCUUGAAGGAAGUGCUCUUUCUGGAGUGGUUUGGAAGUCAUUGCCCCACUGCUGAGUACGUCUUUAAAGGCGAUGACGACGUUUUCGUUAAUACACGGCAUAUUCUGGAGUUCCUAGGUAACUUCACGGUGACCAGUGCGAGAGACCUCUUUAUUGGAGAUGUGAUCACCAAUGCUGGACCACACCGGGACAAAAAGCUCAAGUAUUACAUCCCAGAAAGUGUGUUUGUUGGGGGUUAUCCUCCGUACGCAGGCGGAGGAGGCUACCUGUACUCAGGUAAUCUAGGGUUACGACUAAGAACUAUCUCCCGCUUGGUCAUGUUGUACCCAAUCGAUGACGUGUACACAGGGAUGUGUUUGCGGAAACUGGGCUUAGUGCCUGAGAAACACAAAGGCUUUAAGACCUUUGACAUUGAGGAAAAGUACAAAGACAAACCUUGUUUUUAUAAAAGUUUGAUGAUGGUCCAUCCGAGGAGCCCACAAGAGAUGAUUAAGAUCUGGUCUUGGAUAAAUGACCCCAAAACGAAUUGCUAGAAGUGAGAUAUUUUAAACUCGACAUGAAAUGGCAUUCCCAGCCCAAUUUGGGACCUGAUUUUAUCCAUCAGGAAUUGAUUGGAUUGUGAAAAGUGCUCUUGAUUAUGACAAAUGGCUGGAGGGGAGUUUUUGAAAAGUACGAGGGAUUUGUGACUUCAGCCGAAAAGGAAAGUCGUUUCAGAGACAAAAAGACAAAGAUUUUUUACUUUGGAAUAACAUGCACUGAUGAUCGUUGACAAUAAGACCAGGAAUGCGUAUUAAGAAGGUAACUAUGGUCAGGUUGACUUUCAGGACUUUAUCGAAUUUUUCUCCGCUUUGUAAAGAACCUUAAUUAGAGGUCAUAUGAACUAUACCUCGCAGAGGUAUUAUACUGCUAUUUACAGAGGGCUAACUUCAGUUAUCGCCUUCCAAUUUUAUAGCUGAAUUAUGUAAAUUUUCAGUGUUAAAAUACAGUACUUUCUUCUAUCUCUAUUAUUAUGAAGAGACAAAUAUGAGUAUCCAUGCAUAGAUUAAUUUUCUCAAAACCUGUAAACACUGUGUCUCUGUGGCUUGUUUAGAGGGAACUGCUUAGACCCGCCCCAACAAUGUUAUUCAACCAAUGGCAUGAGUUGGGGGCGGGGCUAUUUUUGCAAUUCCAUUCGGUGGCGCUAGUGUGGCAGAAAUUGCAUCAGCUUAAACACAUAUGAGUAAAGUAAGACAUAAUGCACUAUGACAGACAGUAAUCUGGGUGUGUCUACAUGUUGAUAAAGAGCUAAAGAUACCUUUUUAUGUUUGUUCUGUGUUUAGACAUCAUCGGUUGCCAUUUUAAUGUAUGUCUCAUGUCUGUUGUUAUGUACAGGUUGAAUAAGCAGAGCUGUGCUCUCAAGCAACUAUACUCUGUUUGGAAAUUUGGUUGUAAACAGUACUGUUUUACAAAAGUUUUGCACAAAAUUUGUGCAAAAGGCACAGCUAGUUUUGACCUUCGCACCAUUGUUGUAGGGCAUCAUUAGACAUUUACAACACACACACACACAGAACUGUUUACGCCUCUGAUGUUCAAAGUCAAACAAAAUCCCUUUACUGUUGAACUCUCUGUUAACUCCAUCGGGAGAAAGCUCACAAAAGAUCGGAUAUCCAUGCAUUAUUUACUGUGAAGUUCAGUAAAUUGUUCAGUCUUGGCUCAUAUGUGUGUAGUCUUGGAUGAAAUAUAAUUUUGGACAUGGAUGUAAAAUAAUCUCUGAGAUAGGUUUAACCCUUAUAAAGGAAACUUGUUUUAACAUUUCCAUUAUGCUCUCAGUGUUUUGUUUGUAUUCAGAGUCAGACUAAUACAGUUCUGCUGUAUUCAUAUCCGUCAUUAUAUUGAUCUGAGGAUAUCUAAAUCAAAAUAAUUAAACACAAUGCUCAAUAGCAUAGAAUACUACCCUACUACUUGUACCGCUAUACUCUAUACAGACCAUAUAAAUGCAAAUGUUGUAUUUGUAAAUGUUGGGCUGGAGGACUUACUGCACUUUCCACAAAAAAACCUGCAGUAUACUGUAUCGCACAAUGCUUCUUAACUUGACUUUACAUUUGAACUGGGAAUUAUUUUUACACCAAACUGUAUCAAAACUGUAAAAUAACCAUGAUUGAUUUUGAAAUGAUAAACGGACACUUGCCGUGGAAUUAAAGUGCACGCAAUAGCAUUUUUAUCAUCUUAGUUCAUAUACCAAAGGACAAGGCUUUGCACAGAUACCAAAUGUUUGGAGUUUGGCUAAUAUUUGUAAUUUAUCUUUAGACAUCACAAUAUUU